AUGGCGGAGGGGUCCAAGCCGGACCUGCCGCUGUUCCAGCUCCUCAGCGACCUUCUCCAGCAGGUGGAGUCAAUGAGCAAUCAGGAAGAAGUAGAGUUGCGUGCUAAGAUCGAAGCAUUAGGAUUAGAAGUCACCAAGGUACCAGAGCAGGCGCCUAAGCAGCUCAGUGAGCUAGAAAUAGCUGCAGAGCUGGACAAGCUAUCAUCGAGGCUUGAUAACGUCGACAAGAUGAUAUCAUCUGCCAUGGCCUCAGAUCCAGAGGUGAAGUCUCUCCUGAGCAGCACAUCUGAUAUCUGGAUGCCGGUCAUAACAGCGUCUGCCGAUGAGAGACGGGGGUUUGCAGGGACGAGCAGCGAAGGCAGCCAGGAAGAGCAGGAUAAUUCCAAGCAAUAG